AUGAGAGGAAUGGAAAUUUCUUGGUUUCCUUUGAUAUUGUUGCUUGGGUCAACAGUCAAUAAUCUCUCAGAGGCUAGCCAUGAUCAUAAGCUUCAUUCUGCUGUUGUUGUUGGAACUGUGUACUGUGAUACUUGUUUCCAAGAGGAUUUCUCUAAGCCCACCCACUUUAUUUCAGGUGCAUCUGUUGCAGUGGAAUGUAAAGAUGGGAGUUCGAGGCCAAGUUUUCGACAAGAAGUGAAAACCAAUGAACGUGGAGAAUUCAAAGUUCAUUUGCCUUUCUCAGUUAGCAAACAUGUCAAGAAAAUCAAGAGAUGUUCAGUGGAACUUAUCAAUAGCAGUGAGCCAUAUUGUGCUGUGGCCUCAACAGCAACUUCAUCAUCACUGUAUCUCAAGUCAAGAAAGCAAGGAACUCACAUUUUCUCAGCUGGGUUUUUCACUUUCAAGCCAUUGAAACAACCAAAUCUAUGCAACCAAAAACCGAGUGUUCAAGAUUCUAGGCAAAUCAACACCCAAAACACCUUGAGGUUUGCCCAACCAAACUAUCCAACAUUUCCACCUCCACUUCAAGACCCAGCAACGCCACAACCAAGUCCCCUGCUUCCCAAUCUCCCACCAUUACCUCAACUCCCUCAACUCCCACCUCUGCCAUCCCUUCCAGGGCUCCCUUUUCCACCAAUUCCGGGAAGGAAUUAG